UUCACUAAUAAAUGACAGUGUGACUAAGAAAUAAAUGGCGAUUGAACGCCAACAGCAUCCCCCCGUCACGGUGGUUAAUGUUUCUCUUCUAAUCUUCAACAAGAAAACGCGUCCUCAGUCGUCCUCACGGUCAGUCACAGCCGAUUCUCCAUCGUCGACCCAAUCGACGAGGUCAAUUGCGACGACGAUGUCGUGAUUUCUUGAUAUCUGACGGUGGAAAUUGCGGCUUUGACUUCUCAAUCUCACAGCCGACGUCCCCGAGCAUUUCCGUUCUUCAAAUUCAAUUCGAGACGCCAGCUCUCUCCCUCAUCGCCUCCUCUUUCUCGCUCUACGUUCGCGCUCUCUCUCUGAAUUGUCCACCGUCGAUGUGUGGACACUGACCGAUCUCGAUCCGGAAACCCUAGCCGGCGAUGGGGCAUUGCUGCAGCAAGAAUAUUUCCGUCGAAGACGCGACGGUAGCUGCCGCGGCCGCGGCCGCCGCCGGCGACGCCAAUACCGCCCACUCUCAGAGGCCUCAGUCGCCGGCGUCGGCGGCCACGUCUGGUAAUGGCACCGUUAGGAACACGCCCGCUCGCUCUUUCUCCACCAGUCCUUGCCCUAGUCCUUACCGUCACGGCACGAGCCCUCUCCCCGGCGGCGUCACUGCGUCGCCUGCGAGAACGCCUCGGAAGAUCUUCCGAUGGCCGUUCCCGCCGCCUUCGCCGGCCAGGCCGAUCAUGUCGGCGAUCCUGAAGCGGCAGGGGGCCGCGAAGCCGUCGGAGGGGCCGAUACCGGAGGACGAGGGCGGCGAAACUGAGAGACCGCUCGAUAAGACCUUCGGAUAUGCGAAGAAUUUCACGGCAAAGUACGAAUUGGGGAAGGAGGUUGGGCGAGGGCAUUUUGGGCAUACUUGCUGGGCUAAGGGCAAGAAGGGAGAGCUCAAAGGUCAACCUUUGGCUGUGAAGAUCGUCUCCAAAGCUAAGAUGACAACUGCGAUAUCGAUUGAAGAUGUUCGUAGGGAGGUGAAAAUAUUGAAAGCUUUAUCUGGGCAUAAGAAUCUGGUCAAGUUUCACGAUGCAUGUGAGGAUGCCAAUAAUGUCUACAUAAUCAUGGAACUCUGUGAAGGUGGAGAAUUACUGGAAAGAAUUUUAUCUAGAGGUGGAAGAUACAUAGAAGAAGAUGCUAAAGCUAUUGUUGUUCAAAUUUUGAAUGUGGUGGCCUUUUGUCAUCUUCAAGGUGUUGUGCAUCGCGAUCUAAAACCAGAGAAUUUUCUUUUUACCUCAAGAGAUGAGGGUGCUCCAAUGAAGCUAAUUGAUUUCGGUCUAUCUGAUUUUGUUAGGCCAGAGCAGCGUCUGAACGACAUUGUUGGAAGUGCAUACUAUGUUGCACCUGAAGUACUCCAUAGAUCAUACAGUCUAGAAGCAGAUAUGUGGAGCAUUGGCGUCAUAACAUAUAUAUUGUUAUGUGGAAGCAGACCUUUCUGGGCACGAACCGAAUCAGGAAUUUUUCGUUCUGUGCUCAGAGCUGAUCCUAACUUUGAUGAUUCACCUUGGCCUGCAGUUUCAUCAGAAGCCAAAGAUUUCGUGAAAAGGCUUCUGAACAAGGAUAACAGGAAAAGAAUGACGGCUGCUCAGGCUCUGACUCAUCCUUGGCUACGAGAUGAAAAUCGUGCUGUGCCUUUAGAUAUUUUUAUCUACAAGUUGAUCAAGUCGUAUGUCCGUGCAACUCCUUUUAAACGAGCAGCGCUAAAGGCUCUCUCAAAGGCAUUACCUGAGGAUGAGCUUGUGUACCUUAGUGCUCAAUUCAGGCUUUUGGAACCAAAAAAUGGGCUCGUAUCUCUUGAUAAUUUUAAAGCGGCUCUCAUGAAAAAUGCCACAGAUGCAAUGAAGUCGUCAAGGGUCCUUGAAAUUUUAAACACGAUGGAACCACUCUCUGAAAAGAUGGAUUUUGAGGAGUUUUGUGCUGCUGCAAUCAGCACAUUUCAGCUUGAGGCUCUUGAAGGAUGGGAGGAUAUUGCAAGUACUGCUUUUGAGAUUUUUGAGCAAGAAGGUAAUCAUGUCACGUCGGUUGAGGAGUUGGCACAGGAAAUGAAUCUUGGCCCUACAGCCCAUUCAUUAUUCAAUGAUUGGAUCAGAAGUUCUGAUGGGAAACUCGGUCUCCUUGGCUAUACCAAAUUUUUACACGGUGUGACAAUACGUAGUUCUAAUACAAGACAUCGUCAGUAGAAUACAUAGAGGAUGGUGGCUUACAAUAGUUUAUAGAAUUUCAUUGCAGUGUUUGUAAUUUUGUCAAAUUCUUUUUUUCCUAGUGGAAAUGUGUAGAUUGAAGCCUGAAGGUGUAGACGAUGUUGUGCUGAAAAAUGUGCCCAAGAUCUUUGUAGCCGUUGUUCAGUUCCAAAAUUGUAUACAGAACCAGAUGUUGAGAUUCUUUGAGGCAAAUAUAAUUUUUGAAGAUAGUGUUUCUGUGUC